GUAUCCAAAGCAAUACACAACAUUCUUCCGGCGACGCAUUUUGGUGAAUAAAUCUUCGGAGAGGUUGUCUCUUAUUUCAUCCAAAAUGAGUCGAGGAACAAAUAGUAUUCUAAGUGAGAUAGAAUGGGACGAAGGCUUAAGUAUGCCUGUGGCGAAUGCCGAAAACAAAGCGUUGGAAGACCAGAUUCAAGAUAGACAGAAGAAGGUAGUUGCUGCCACAAAUGAUUUGGAAGAAUUUGAUGACCGCAUCCAUGCUAUGUCUGAACAUCUUAAGAAUGUUCGACAGGAGCUACAACACACACAGGGUCUUACAAAUGCCCGCAAAAAAGAGAUUGACACAGAAAAUCACAUGUUGAUGAUAGCUCAAAGAGAAGAAGGCCGUCUUAAACAAGAAGUCAGAAAAUUGGAGAAAGAGCUAGAGGAAUUCAAAGAGAAAAAGAAUGUUUUUGAGAACAACAUAUUCAAGCAAACACAGAAGUUGGAGGAGAUGAAAUCCCAGAUGAACUGGGAUCAGCAGGCUUUGGAGGCAUGGCUGGAAGAGUCAGCAAGGAAGGAUGAGGACUCCAUGGCCAUUCAGAAAUACACUCGACAAGAUGAAAGCAAAAUCAAGGAAUUGUCAUUAAGAAUGGAAAGACUAACAGAUGACUCCAAGCAGAAAAAGCAUGUACUUGAACAUGAAACAACAGAAACCUUAACAGCUCAGAUUGAACUGGACAAAACUGCCGAGGACUUCCGAAAGGCUCAUCAAGAGCGUCAAAACUUGAUAGAACAGUGGGAACAUACUAUUGAGCAAAUGCAGCGUCGUGACAAAGAAAUGGAUCUCCUUGCAGCGAAAUUGGCAAGAGUGAAAGCAGAAGUUAGAAAGAGGGAAGAAAAUAUUAAAGAGAAACAGUAUUUCCUGGAAAAUGAAAUAGAGAAUAACAAAGAAUGUGAAAAGAAGAUUUCACAGGCAGAGAGGAUGUCAGCCAAAUUUAGAAUUGAUUACCAAGAGGCAGAAACACAGAGAGUGCAGUUCCAAGAUGAGUUGGAUGCCUUGAAACGCACUGUUGACCGCACUGCCACUGACCUUGAAGUCACAAGGUCACAGGUCUCUCAACUGAAGAAGGAUGUCCAAGAGAAAACCAACAAACUUCAAAUGGCAAAGGAUUUGAGGGAAACAUUGGUGGAAAAACUUAAGAUAGCCACAGAGUCAACCCUGAGUGCCGAGGAGAGAGCUGCACGCAUGGACGAGCUGUUGGAGGAGGAAGAGAAGGUGCAGAAAGAGUAUGACCAGAAGCUGAAGGCCCUCCGGGACCUCCAGUUCAGGAAGACCCAGGAGCUGCAUGAAUGUAAAGUGAAGGAGAGGAACACAGAAGCUGAAAUUCAGGGAAGCCAAGCUGCCAUUCGUAACCUCAACAGUAAGAUAUCCAAAGUGGACACAGAUGCCCUCAAACAACAAGAAAUCAUAUACAAUCAGGACUUUGCUGUUCAACAACUUGAGAGGAGAAUUAACAGAAUGCAGGGAGAGCGAAGCAACGAAGAAAAGAUCGCCUUGGAAGCCAAAAUCAAGGAUCUGAACGAUGACUUGGACCAGAGGAAUAACACUCACACUUUGUUGACCCUCCAACUCAAGAGGCUUCAGGAUGACAUUCGCAGAGUUAAGAGAGACCUGGAGAAGUCAGGGGCGGAGAAGGGUGACAUGACCAGUAAGAUAGAAGAGCUCAACCUGUACAACGACAGCUCGGAGAAAGAGCUGAGGAAAAUCAUACGAAACAAACAGGAUAUGAUGGUGGAUCAGAAUAUUCUCAAACUUGAAAUCAAGAGACUGAGAGAGAUGCUGAAUUCUAAGGCAGAUGAAGUGUUUGGUUUAGAGAAGCGAAGACUGCAGUUGGAAACGGCCAUGAAUGAGAGACACCAAGAGAUAGGUAUACACAAGGAGAUGUUAGAUGCUCAGUUUCGUGCUGCUUCGGCUGAGAGGCAGCAGAUCUCUGCCGAAUUACACGAACGAAUCUCCAAGAUUGAGAAAUUAAAAAGCAGAUAUGAAAUUCUGAUGGUUUCCAUGGCACCUCCAGAGGGAGAGGAGGAAAGAUCACAAGCUUAUUAUGUCAUCAAGGCUGCUCAGGAGAAGGAGGAACUCCAGAGAGAGGGAGAUGAUCUGGAUGCCAAGAUCCGGAAGGCCGAGAAGGAGAUCCGGGCCCUGGAGAACACCCUGAAACUGAUGAACAACCGGAACGAAACGUACAGGAAAAGCUUCAACAAAGUCACAGAGUCUAGUGAUGAGAUGGAGGAGAAAGGACAGCUCGAGGAGCAGAUGAGGGCAGUCAUGGACAAGUUCAAGUACAAGCGGCGUCAGAUCCGCGAGCUCCAGGAGGACCUACAGACCAUGAGUAACACCCUGGACAACCUCUCCAGGGACGAGCAGGCGUACGAGGAGAUGAUUGAGGAGAAGGAGAAUAAGAGAUUACAGCUGAAUAAGGAACUGGAUGAUUUGAGAAACAAACUUGAGAGAGUAGCUAAGCAGAACUCCAAAUAUGCCAGAGAGCUUAGGUCAGCCAAGAAGGCCAAAGGGGAGACAAAUGAGGAGAAAGAUUUUGAUGUCCGUGAACUUCGUGAGUUCAACAGACAAAUCAUGCAACAGAUCGGAGACGUUAUCCAGAAGCAUCCAGAUAUUGGCGAAGCUGUCAACAUGUACUUCUCACAGGCCAACCUUCCUCCCCCCACCCCAAGCGGUAGACAGCCGGGAAGUGCCCGAAGUAGUCUAGGAUCCGUCCGUAGUAGUUCCAGCAUCAAAUCACCCCUCGGUAGUGGGAGACCAACACCAGUCCAGAUAGGCGCAGAAUUUGGGGCAAUGGGUUCCCCGGCCGGUUCCCGUAGCUCCAGCUCCAUGGGAAGCGUCAGGAGUUCCGGAAGCAGAGCCGGAACAGGGAGGCGGUAGGAAGUCAUUCUCUCCGUACAAACAUCCGUCCAGGAUCUACCUUAACAGACUGUGAUAAUAUAAGCCGGAGGCUGAGGCAUACACAAUUUUUUAAUUUUGUGUGUGAAUGCUUUAUUGAAGGACUGUAUGAGUGUGUGAAUGGUUCUAUUAAAAACUUUCUUGUACUAUAUUAUCUUUGAUGUCUGUAAAUCUAUGUUGUGAACUUGAAAGAAUGAGAAGAAAUAUUUGUAAAGUGAUACUGUUUUGUUUAAUAUGUAGACUGAAGUAAAUUAUUUCACUGAA